UUAUUAGUAAAAAUGAAUAAUGUGCGUUCUACUAAGUUGAUGAUUGUGGACAGACAGAGAAUGGCGAAGACAGAGGAGAUACAUUUCAUGGAAAUGUGGAGGACGACAUGGGAGACACCUUACAUUAUGCGGCUAGCUCUCUCGGCCGGUAUUGGAGGUCUUCUCUUCGGUUACGACACUGGAGUCAUCUCGGGAGCUCUUCUCUACAUCAAAGAGGAGUUUAAUGAGGUAGACAACAAGAGAUGGCUCCAGGAGUUGAUUGUGAGCAUGACCGUGGCUGGAGCCAUUGUUGGAGCGGCUAUAGGAGGAUGGUACAACGACAUGUUUGGAAGAAAGAUGUCCAUUCUCAUCGCAGACGUGCUCUUCUUGGUCGGUGCAGCUGUGAUGGCGUCUGCUCCUACGCCUUGGUUCAUCAUCCUAGGCAGACUCUUGGUUGGUUUUGGGGUUGGUAUGGCUUCAAUGACCUCACCGCUUUACAUAUCAGAGAUGUCUCCAGCGAGAAUCAGAGGUGCGUUGGUCAGCACCAAUGGACUUCUCAUCACCGGAGGACAGUUUCUUUCUUAUCUCAUCAACCUCGCCUUCGUCCAUACACCAGGGACAUGGAGGUGGAUGUUGAGAGUCUCGGCUAUUCCUGCAAUCAUUCAGUUCUGCUUGAUGCUGACUCUGCCUGAGUCUCCUCGGUGGCUUUACAGAAACGAGAGGAAAAGUGAGUCUAGAGACAUCCUCGAGCGGAUAUACCCUGCGGAGGAAGUUGAAGCGGAGAUUUCUGCACUCAAAGAGUCUGUCAUGGCAGAGACGGCUGAUGAAGAUAUCAUUGGCUACACCUUCUCCGCUAAACUCAGAGGAGCUCUCUCCAACCCUGUCGUCCGUCAAGGUCUAGCAGCAGGUAUCACCGUCCAGGUCGCACAGCAGUUUGUGGGAAUCAACACAGUCAUGUACUACAGUCCUACAAUUCUGCAGUUUGCAGGUUACGCCUCGAACAAGACAGCCAUGGCUUUGUCACUCAUAACUUCAGGUCUCAAUGCGGUAGGCUCGGUAGUGAGCAUGAUGUUCGUUGACCGUUACGGUCGGCGCAAGCUUAUGAUCAUUUCCAUGUUCGGUAUCAUAUCUUGUCUUGUCAUUUUGGCUGCCGUCUUCUCUGAUACCUCAACCCACUCUCCCAAGAUCGAUAGCAGAGACUCUAGAAUGUUCGCUUUAAACGCUACUUGUCCUGCGUUUGCUCCUUACACAGCCUCCAACGCUCCUCCCUCUAACUGGAACUGUAUGAAGUGUCUUAGAUCCCAUUGUGGAUUCUGCUCAAACAGAGCACAAGAGUACGCACCUGGAGCAUGCGUUGUUCUGUCAGCUGAGAUGAAGGCAUUAUGCCACACUAAAGGCCGAACAUACUUCAAAGACGGAUGUCCCAGCAAGAACGGGUACUUGGCCAUCGUCUUCCUCGGUCUCUACAUCAUUGUGUAUGCGCCUGGUAUGGGGACAGUCCCAUGGAUUGUCAACUCUGAGAUCUAUCCUCUUCGCUACAGAGGGCUCGCGGGAGGGAUCGCUGCAGUCUCAAACUGGUCGUCAAAUCUCGUCGUGAGUGAGACGUUCCUGACACUGACACACGCGGUCGGGUCAUCAGGAACAUUCCUUCUCUUUGCAGUGUCAUCGGCAAUAGGGCUGUUCUUCAUCUGGCUUCUUGUGCCUGAGACCAAAGGGCUUUAGUUUGAGGAGGUGGAGAAGUUGCUAGAAGACGGGAUAAGGCCUAGUUUGUUUCGAGCCAGGACUAUGGCUAUGCAAGUGGAUACGCCUUAG